AUGCAGAUCGCGCUCAUGCAGCAGCAGCAGCAGCAGCAGAGGAGCAGCCACGCCCACGGCCACGCCCACCAGUUCGAACCGGAGAAGAGGGAGCAGCAGCUCCUCCUCGACGCGGGGACCCACGGCCCCCUCGUGCCGCGGCAGUUCAUGAGCCUCGGCUCCUCCUCGUCGCCCGACGAGCCCCGCCCCGCGCGCGGCGGCACCGACGCGUCGCCGAGCACCAACCCCCUCCUCGACGCGGCCAUGGACUGCGCCGGCUGCCAUGGCAUCGUCGGCGCGGGCAAGGCGGAGCUCAUGCCGCUGCCGUCCUUCGAGCACCACGGUCACCACGAGAGGGGCGGCAGCCCGGAGGCCAUGCAGGGCUGGCUGCCCAGCAAGGUGCCCAAGUUCCUCCCCGCCGCCAAGGGCCCCGAGCCGCCCCCGCCCGAGGCCGCCGCCGCCGCCGCCACCAUGCGCAAGGCCCGCGUCUCCGUGCGCGCCCGCUCCGAAGCCGCCAUGAUCAGCGACGGGUGCCAGUGGCGCAAGUACGGGCAGAAGAUGGCCAAGGGCAACCCGUGCCCGCGCGCCUACUACCGCUGCACCAUGGCCGCCGGCUGCCCGGUGCGGAAGCAGGUGCAGCGCUGCGCCGAGGACCGGACGGUGCUCAUCACCACGUACGAGGGCAACCACAACCACCCGCUGCCGCCGGCGGCCAUGGCGAUGGCGUCCACCACGGCGGCCGCGGCCUCCAUGCUGCUCUCGGGCUCCAUGCCCAGCGCCGACGGGCUGAUGGCGGGCGGGUCCAAUUUCCUGGCGCGCGCCGUGCUGCCGUGCUCCUCCAGCGUGGCCACCAUCUCGGCGUCGGCGCCGUUCCCGACCGUCACGCUCGACCUCACGCAGACGGCGCCGGGGCAGGGCGCGUCGCCGCCGCGCGCGCCUGAGCCCGCGCAGCUCCAGGCGGCGCUGGCCGAGGCGGCGCGGCCGGUGUCGCUGCCGCAGCUGUUCGGGCAGAAGCUGUACGACCAGUCCAAGCUCUCCGCCGUGCAGGCCGUGGCCGGCACCAACGGGGACGGCGGCGCGCAGCUGGCCGACACGGUGAACGCGGCCACGGCCGUGAUCGCGUCCGACCCCAACUUCACCGCCGUGCUCGCGGCCGCGCUCACCUCCUACAUCGGCAGCAGCAGCGGCAGCGGCAGCGCCGGAGGUGGCGCCACGGCCGCCGGCGGGAGCAGCGGCACGGUGCAGCCGCUGGUGAGCAGCGGCGGCGACAGCUGCAGUAGAGACGACACGACCGGCUAG